AUGUUUGAACAAUAAUAUUUGGAAUAGCGAAAAUCUAAACAAGAACAAGUAGUAAAUACAAAAUCUAGACAUUUAAUUGUUAUGAAUUAAUUAAAGAAGAAAGUAUUCAUUAUUUGAUGAUUCAAUUUAGGAAGAAAAUUGGAAUAAUAGAUUUUAUGUUUAAAAUUAAAAUAAAAAUGAAUCUGUAGAAAAAUAGAAACCAAAGUAGAUCCAUAAUACAUCUAAAUUAAUUGAAGUUUAAGAUUAUUACAAUAUACCUGAAUUUCAUAGGUAAUAUAAAUAUACAUAUUAUUUAGAUAGUUAUUUUUGAUGUGUCUGUAAACACUACCAAAAAAUAAUUAAGCAAUUCAAUUUGAAAUAGAAGAAAUGUAAUAAAAGAAAUCACAUAUAUAAGUAAUUAUAUAAAAAAUAAAUAAGCUUUGUAUGUAAGCUGUUGAUGCUAGAGAAAAGUGUUUAACUUUCUUGAUUAAUCAUAUUCAAUAAAUAUAGGAUAAUCCUGGAGAUGAACAACUAUUGUAAAAAAGUGCAGAAUUAAUAACACAUAUAAGAAUACUCUCUAUAAAUGUUGUAGAAUAAAUACUAGGUUGGAGAUAAUACUUAAUGAAAUUUUUAGUCAAUAUACAUUCUCAUGAAAGUAUUUCACUUCCUUAUUUAUAUCUAAGAGAAAACUAUUUGAUUAAAGUAUUAAUAUAAUAUUAAUAAUUUUUAGAUGAGAAAGGACAUUUAAUAUAUAACAAAUUCAAUACUAUCAAAUUAUUAUCAAUUUUCAAUUAAACCUGAUCCUUUUUUUGUUGCUAUAACAAAACCAGCUGAUGAUCCUAAUAAAAUAGUUUAAUUCAUUUCUAAACCUCUUUUAAAGAGAAUAAAAAAUUGUGAAAUAAUAAUAUAAGAUGAAGCUUUAUCAAUUUGCAAAGAUGAUAAAUCAAUUCAUAAUUAAGCAAAUUCAAAAGAUUAAAUUAAAAUGAGUCCAGAAAAAUCAAUUCAUCCAGGACGUAUAAGACCUCCUAAGAGAUAAGAAUAAAGUUAAAAUCAAAAAGUAAUUAAUUUAAUAAUUAUAGAGAAUAAUAUAUAAAUAACCAGAUGAUGUAAAUAAUUAACAAUAAAAUUUAAUUCCAAAAAAUAUUCCAUUAAGAUAAUUUAAUAAAUAAGGUAGUGCUACAUCUUAAAAAUAAAAUUCAAUUAAAGUAACACCAAAUGAAUCAAAUAAUAAAUAAUAAGCAUAAUAGAGUCCUCCUCAAUCUGAUAAAAAACAAUCAAAUUCAAUUCUUGCAGCUGUACCUACAAUUGAUUAAUAAAAUUUAAUUACAGAAGAAGAUAAUACAUUUAAAAUAAAGAAAUGUCAACUAAGUGAUUAAAAUGUUAUUGAUCAUUUAAAUAAUAUUAAUGAAGAUUUCAAAAAAUCAUGGAGAGGUGAAAUAUAAUUAAUGCAAAAUUAAUAUGAUUAAUAAGAUGAUAGUUUUUGUUUAGGAAUAUAUUAAAAAGAUUAGUUUUUAGCUUUAGGAUAAUGUUAUUUAGAUUAAUCUCUUUAAGAGAGAAGAUUAAUAUUAAGUCAUUUUUCUACAGCUGAUCCAUCAUAAUUUUAAGAAUUACUAAAAUUUAUUAUUAAAUUUAUAUGGGAAAUUGAUCCUUGUUUAGAAAUAAGAAUGUCUUUGUAUCAUUAUAAUUAGAAUGAUUCAUUUUAAGCUAAUAAGGAAAUUACAACAAAAUUAAAAGAAUUAGGAUUUAAAUGGAAAGUUGUACAAAGUGUUAAUUCAGAAACUAGAUUUACAGUAAUGGGUAAAAUAUGAAGAUAUCAUAGCCAUUAGAAGACCUUCUGACAUAGAUCAACUUAAAUAAUUUGAUCCAAUAUUUUUAUAACAUCUUUAUCUUACUUGUGAUAAAAAUACAAUAUAAAACACGGAUGCUUUUACUUCAUUGUAUUGUUUGACAACUCUUAAUACUAAAAUAGAUUUAGAUGAUGAAAUUAUUAAUUAACACAAAGAUAAUCUAAUUAAUUCAGUAUAAUAAUAAUAAUAAUAAUAUAAUAGGAAUUUGGAUUUAAGGGAAUUAAAUUAUAAGAACAUACAAGUGAUGAAUUUCAUGCCUACAUUAAUUAAUAUUUUGAGAAUUUUGAUUAACUUAAUCCAUCAAAUUCUGAAGUUUCUCUUUCAUCAGAUAAAGUUAUAAGUAGUUUUUGCAAAGAAUGUUAUAGAUGGGCAAAUUGUAAAUUAGCUCAACAUUAAAGACUUAUUUAUAAUGGAUUUUAAACUCCUACCAAAGUUGAUAAUGCAAAAGUUUUUAUGUCUGAUUCAGGAAACAUAAAAGUUUAUUUAAUAUCUACAGAUUAAAGUAGUACAAGUAUUUUUGUAUUUGAAUGUAAAUUAUUAAAUAUAAUAUAGAUGAUGAUGAAAUUACAUUAUAAAAAGUUUAAUCCAUUCUAAAUUAAUGUGGAUUAUAAGUUCCAAUUGAUUAAAAUCUUUAUAUUCCAUAAUUCAUUGUUAAUAGUAAGGUUAAGUAUUCAGAAAAUGUAAUUGGAUUAGGAAGGUUUAGUACUGCUUAUAGACCAAAGAUGGUUGACAUUUAAAAUGCUUAAGGUUACAUAAUUAAACCUCCAUUUGUUUUUGGUAUUAUAUAAUAAAUAAUAUUUUAUAGGAAUCAUAAAUGAAGAUUUUAAUGAGAUUACAGGAAUGCCAAAUUUGUUUUUUAAAGUUUAGGAUACUCAUUGUAUCUAACUAUGA